GCAUGUUCACAUCUCAAAUAUCAUUACACAAAAAUCACAGAAUAACACCUCAUAUGAAGCGUUAUUCAUCUGAUGACGUCUGUUAGUUUCGGAAAUCGAAAGUAAAACAGCAGGUAAAUCGGGAGCACGUUUGGAUCACCACUGGUUUUUGUCUAUUUUCCCUCAUCCUUUAUAUUUUUCUCCAUUAUUGUCCUGAAGGCGUAUUCCGCUCAAAUUCAUCUAAACCAGAUUAGUGUGGUUUAAUGGACGAGUCUUUGUCUCCGUCAUGAUGUCGGUUAUUAUCGCUUUACUGGUGAAUCUCUUCAUAGAGACCUCUGGGAACGAGAUACUGCAAUGACGUCAUCGCUAUGGGAACACCUCCGGUGUGAUGAAUGUCUGAAGCCCUUAUACCAUCACGCCAAUUCAUUGGCCAAAUAGCGCUUAGCACCGCCCCUGAUGCGUACGUAGGUUCACUUCAAUGCUGCGAUGACGUCAUUGCUAUGGGAACGCUAUACCAUAAUGCCUUACAUACCUUUAGAUAGCUGGAAGACCAAGGAAAGACCUGGGAGCCAGGAGCCAUCCUCACAUCCAGACUGAAGAACUUGAUGAAGGUGCUAGGAGAAGACCAUCCUGCCACUGCACAAACAUCUUCCAUCGAGGGCCCUUUGAGCACGCACCCCUAGAGGCAAAGCCAAGCCACAAGCCUCAUAGGCCAGAGAGAUCCAAUCUGACAUUCGCUGUUUGGUGACAGCAGAACCUCUGUUCUUACCACCAAAACACACAAACAACUGGUCAGAUCCACGCCACUGAGCUGUGCGGUUGACCUUAGUGCCCUCACUGGGCAGAGACUCAAACUGUCUAACCCCGCAUCAGCAGGGGAGAAGGCCUCUAAGACCACAUGCUGAAAGCGAAAUGGAGUCGAAGCAACCUUAGGAACAUAAUCAGGCCUAGGUUGCAAAAAGACUUUAACUAUCCCUGUGGCAAAGUCCAUACACGAAGGGCUGAUGGAGAGAGCUUGUAGAUCCCUCACUCUCUUAAGGGAGGAUAAAGCCCCCAAAAGAACCGUCUUGAGUGUCAACAGCUUCUCUGACACAGACUCCAAUGGCUCAAAAGGAUGGCCCGUCAGGCCUUCCAAAACAAUCGAUAAGUCCCAAGAACUCGUGCUGGGUGGAGAGGCCUAAGCCAUCUCGAACCCUGCAUGAAACCGGAAACCAGGCGACCUGUUCUGUUCGUCAGUGCUGCAAAUCCACUGUCUGAGUGGGAAAUCUUUAAGCCUUACACGAAAUUCUGGAUCGAUAUUACAGUGUCGUUGACUGUAGUGGUUCCUGGUGAUCCUAUAGUGGCUCAUGUGGGAUCCACAGUGAUUCUGCCCUGCUGGAUCUCUCCUGCUGAGAACGCUGAAGCUCUGGAGAUACGCUGGUACCGUCACGAUCAGUUCAGCAACCCUAUUCUCCUCUAUAAUCAUGGGAAGAUCCAGGACGUCCAGGAGGAAUCACACAGGAACCGAAGCUCUUUGACUCCACGGUCAGAUCACUCUGGUGGACUGAAGGAUGGAGACGUCUCUCUACGGCUGGAGAAACUCACAAUUCAGGAUGAAGAUUCAUUUCACUGUUAUGUGAGUGGAGAAAGUGCAUAUGACAAAGAAGAGGUGGUUCUCAAAAUCACAGCUUUAGGAUCCACUCCUGUCCUUGUUCCAAAGCCUCUUGAUGAUGGGCGUGUGAACAUCAGCUGCAAGUCCAGUGGCUGGUAUCCAGAGCCCAGCAUCACGUGGACAUCAGUUGACGGAAGGGUUCUUCAUCCUGGAGGAUCAUCUCACAAUCGUGGAACAGACAAAAUGUUGUCUGUCCACAGCUGGACGGCCGUCUCUCGCUCAGAUGCUCAUCUGGUCUCAUGUUCAAUAUCCCUUAGAACUGGAGAGUUACAAGAAAGUAGGAUUGACGUACAGGCCAUCAUAUCUUCAGACUCAUCAGGUCCAUGGAAGGCUCUUUUCUUCACCUUUCUCAUCUGUGCUCUUCUGGGUUUGGUUGGGUUGAUUCUCUACAAAUACAGAGACAAACUAACAGGGAAGAAACCAGCAGGUCCAAAUUGUGAGGAAGGGACUAUGGAUGAACUGGGAAACAAAGUUGUGGAAGAUGUGAAUAUAGAAGAACUGAGGCAACAUGCAGUUGAGAUCACUAUUGACCGUGAGCGUUUACAUCAAGAUCUGAAGGUUUCUAAGGACUGUAAAAUCGUGAGGGACAGUGCUGAUUAUAAUCACACUGGAGAGGAAUUUCCAAUUCAAUUAUGUGCAUUUGGAGCUCAAAGAUUCACCUCUGGUCGUCACUAUUGGGAGGUAGAGCUGGUACGUUCCCCUAAUCCUCCCAAAAACUACUGGAUAAUUGGUGUGAUGAAAGAGGGAAGUGUUGCUUCAAGAGACAGAUCUGCUUUAACGCCAUCAAGCGGUUUCUGGUUCCUGUGUUCAGACGGUCCUAAUGGCUUUCACACCAGCACUGAUCAAUCAGUUAAACUCUCUCUGACACCGAGACCAGAGCGACUGGGAGUUCUGUUAGAUUAUGAUGACGGUCAGCUGUCGUUUUACAACAUCACAGAGAGAAAACAUCUCCUGACCAUCAGCUGCAGAUUCUCUGGAUCAGUCGUUCCUCUGUUCAAUCCUGGAGCUGGUGAUCAGAGUCCGAUUACCAUUCUGGAUUGUCCAAAACCUGAAGAACCAGCUGUAGAGUCCAGUCAGCCUUUACUGAGUAAUAACAGCUCAGACACCUGACUGACCGGUGCAGUGUUUAAUCAGAAGGAAUCAUUUCAACGCCCUGCAUGAGCAAAGCAUGGUUACACAUAAGAAUUUAUCAGAGAGGAGACGAAACCAAGAGGACUGAAAGAGAAGAGAAACACCAUAAAAGGCAGAGACAAAUGGCUGAGAAUACUACGAUUUAUAUUCAGUGUAAAAUGACACUAAUAGAAUAGAGUUCUAUUAAAUUGAACAAAUUCUACUGAAUGAAGAAAAUACUGAGUCACACUGAUCCUUCAUUUUCUCUUCAGUUCCCUGAUCUGAUCAGCUGAGAUCUCAAAGACUUUAGUUUCUACUCUAACCUGUGUACUAAUCCAUCACUAAACUUGGAGAUGUUGGCAGCUUUAAUGAACCAUUUCCUGUGAUGGUCCUCAUUAGUAAGUCACUUUGGGCGAAAAAGAGACUCUGCUAAAUGAAUAAAUGUAAAAGCAAAUGCUUAGCCUGAAGGUACAAAACAAACAGGGCUAAAAGUCCCAAAACUGUUAGCUGUAUUUCUUAUUACUCUUAUUAGUAUUUUGAUGGAGCAACAUAAUGUUCGAUUAAAAAUGUGUAAAUGUG